CUUCCUCCAUCUGCGUCUCUUCAGUCGCGCCUCUGUCCGCAGCAAACAGCGCGAAGGCUGCUCCCACCUAAAACAAAAAAAAAAAACAAAAAAAAAACAGUCACACAAUAAUCAUUGUCCAGAUGGUUUCCACGAGCGUGUAGGACUCUCUGAGGCGAGGCUGGCCACCGAGUGGUUGAAGAAGAUGAUCUCUUGGCUCGAGGAGGCUGUGCUGCUGCUACUGCGUGGGGGAGUGGGUCCUUACAUCCUGUGGCGUUUCCUGUGUUUGUAAACUAGACGCUCUCGGAAAAUUGUCGGCCGACCGAAGCGCCAAGUUUGAAUGCUAGAUGAGUGAGGUGGGUGUGGCUUCCCACCAGCCUGACCAUCCUGACUGACGGCUCUCUGGAUGACCUUGUCCCCACCCCUGUCCCUGCGCUCACACACACCGUUACCACAACAAUGUCACAUCUGCCCAGCAGCUCAGUCCGCGACCAUAUGAAAUGGGCCGGUCUGCUCGGCUGUGAAGCGGUGCUCUCCAGUAUGGCUCUGAUGCAGGCCAGCACCAUGGCAGCAGCUCCACCCAAAAAGAUGAUGGCUCCACUCGGACAUGCACCACCACAGAGAGACGGACCUGACCGUGGUCCCCAGAGUCACAUGAUCCUACCUUCUGGCAUGAGCUGUCCACCCCUGCUGAUCCGGAAGGAAGGUGAAUUCCAAGCUCCGCGUCUGCUGGAUGAGAAGGACAUGAGGACCAAUGAGGACCUGCAGCAGAAAAAAAAGAACAGGAAAUCAGUGGCACCCUGUAAAGUGAGAGAACAAGAGGGAAGGGGAGGGAAGGGCACAGGUGGAGAUGAGAAUGGUCCAUCUUCAAAAGUGCAGAAAAACUUUAUUUGUGACCACUGUUACGGAGCAUUUAGGAGCGGAUACCACCUGAAGAGACAUAUCCUGAUUCACACAGGGGAGAAGCCGUAUGCUUGUGCCGUAUGUGACAUGAGGUUUAUUCAGCGUUACCACCUGGAGAGACACAGCCUCAUUCACACGGGGGUGAAGCCGUACGCUUGCUCCAUGUGUGACAUGAGGUUCUUCCAACGUUACCAUCUGGCAAGACACAGCCUCACUCAUACUGGGGUGAAGCCAUACGCUUGCUCCAUUUGUGACAUGAGAUUUUUCCAACGCUACCACUUGGCAAGACACAGUCUCACUCACACGGGGGUGAAGCCAUAUGCUUGCUCCAUGUGUGACAUGAGAUUUUUCCAGAGAUACCACCUGGCGAGACACACUCUCACACAUACGGGGGUGAAGCCGUACGCUUGCUCCAUGUGUGACAUGAGGUUCUUCCAACGUUACCAUUUGGCAAGACACAGCCUCACUCAUACCGGAGUGAAGCCAUAUGCGUGUACCAUGUGUGACAUGAGGUUUAUUCAGCGUUACCAACUGGAAAGACACAGUCUCACUCACACAGGGGUGAAGCCGUACGCUUGCACCAUGUGUGACAAGAGGUUUUUUCAGCGCUACCACCUGGCGAGACACAGCCUCACUCAUAUGGGUGUGAAACCUUAUGCUUGCACCAUGUGUGACAUGAAGUUUUGUCAGCGUUACCACCUGGCGAGACACAGCCUCACUCAUACUGGUGUGAAACCUUAUGCUUGCACCAUAUGCGACAAGAGGUUUUUUCAGCGCUACCACCUGGCGAGACACAGCCUCACUCAUAUGGGUGUGAAACCUUUUGCUUGCACCAUGUGCGACAUGAGGUUUCUUCAGCGCUACCACCUGGCCAGACACAGCCUCACUCAUACUGGUGUGAAACCUUAUGCUUGCACCAUGUGUGACAAGAGGUUUUUUCAACGUUAUCACCUGGCAAGACACAGCCUCACUCAUAUGGGUGUGAAACCUUUUGCUUGCACCAUGUGCGACAUGAGGUUUGUUCAACGCUACCACCUGGCGAGACACAGCCUCACUCAUACGGGGGUGAAGCCGUAUGCUUGUUCCAUGUGUGACAUGAGGUUUAUUCAGCGUAACCACCUGGAGAGACACAGCCUCACUCACACGGGGGAGAAGCCUUUUGCUUGUGACAUGUGUGAUAUGAGGUUUAUCCAGCGCUACCACCUGGAGAGACACAAGCGUGUGCACAGCGGCGAGAAGCCUUACCAAUGUGAGCGCUGCCAGCAGAACUUUUCAAGGACAGACCGUUUGCUGCGGCACCGUCGGCUGUGCCAGGGCCGCGGCGUAGCAAAAGUGGAGAACCAACCGUGUUGUGAACCGCGCCAAUAUGCCCAGGAAGCUCCACCCGCUCCCCCGACCUGGAGCCCCAUGCACCCACCUCCAGGUCGGCUGGCCGUCUGACAUUCCACGUUCGCCCCGUCUAUGUGGCCGCCAGACACAGGACCGAUGGACGGGCGUGGCGCUCGCUCUGUGCUGAGUGGCUCCAGCACAGACUGACGAUGCAGCUCCAGUCUUGGAUUACUAAUUACUGCGGGACAUUUGUUCGUUUCGUUUUAACUGUUUCUUUUCUCGCCUCCAUAUUUUUUUAACGACAAGACUUUUCUGUGAUGAAGAGUGUUCCUGUUUUGUACUUACUCUGUUUGCGGAAAAAAAAAAAAAGGUUUUUAUUGUUCCAAUGCAUCUACAUUUGUUGGUACUCUGUAAUGACGGCAUUUUUUAAAAAUUGACAAACAGGGAUAUAGUUGCGAGGAAAAGCAUUUCAUUGUCUCUUAAGCUUUGUCACUUAGGUCCAAAUAUGGCUCGCGUCAACCAGAUCUUGCCGGCUGUGGCAGCUGUUUCAAUUUCUGUCACCAUGGUAACGGUAGCUUGACCGGGACUCUAUUGUGAAGCCAUCUGGUUGACCAGCAUUCUUUGCCUCUAAUAACAUUAGAGGGACACUGUCUGUAAAUAUUGCUAAUACAUUCACAGUUGGACUUAAGUAGAUGUUUUUGUUUGUUUUUGGUUUAAUUUUGGCCAAGGAUUACCUUCAGUUUUUUCGAGCCAAUGGGUGUUAAUGUUAACCAGGACUUCCAUGGAGUAGGUGAUCAGUGGGCGAUCCUGUUUUGGCCACGUGUUGAUUCUCCGCUGUUUUGUUGCUUGUACACAUCUCUCACAUUGAGAUUUCUCUCUGUUUGAGAAUCCUCUUUUUUCAAUUUUAUUUAGCCUUUUCCUCAAUGCUUUAUUAUUAUGUUUCAGAUGUAUUUACGAAAACAAGGCCGCUUUUAUGUCACAGUGGAUGGACAUUUUUCCACUAAACUCGUGGUUACAGAAUGUUGGUGACCCCAGUGGCAUAGAAAAUGUCUUCUUAUGUCAUUGUCACUGAUCGGAAGUCACAUGAUGUCUCAUACUGAAGGAAGCCCAGUCUGGUGAAACCAACACUCUGCUGCACACUAACCAUUGCCUUUUUAUGCAGUUAUUAUAUGCUUGGUGUGUUUUAACAGGUGUUAUGUCAUAUCAUUGGGUGUAGCCUUAACAAAGUGCAGAUACACAAAUAACCAUUGUAAUGCUGAACAUUAUUGUAACAAGCAUUUUUGUUGCACGGGCGAAAGCAGAGGGGCUCUAUCACGGCCGCUAUACUCCCUGCUGAUUUAUUUCUCAAACUUGACCCUCCUUGAGUUGUGUGCUCAUUCUCAGUGUUGAGAUGAGAAAGAGCUGUGUGUACAUAAGACGGUCAUUUUGACUGAAUGUAAGAUAGGUGCAAUCCCAGAGUGUAUUAGUUCCUUUGCGAUUGCCAGAGGGAAUGUUCGUGCUUUAUGUUGAAUACAAAUGAACAGUGUUGAUUUCUCUUUGCGGUGUUCACAGCCGAUGGACUGACGGAGGGUCAGGUUUGAGGAAUUCGUCGACACUCUUCCAGCUGUGCACAAAGCAUGGUGCUGGUGCAUAGUGACAUUUGUUAAAAGGGCAAUACUGUACUUGUGAGUUUAGUUUCUACUAGGACCAUGCAGAAGAUCCCUGAUGUCUCAAUCGCUUGUUUUUAACAUUGAGGUUUUAACUUUUCACUUGGAUCAAAUGUGGGUCUGUGUUUUAUUUCAAGUAAAUUUUUAUUCUAAAAUUGUAAACACUGGAGUGACGGGAAAAUAGGCAAAUUGAGAGAUGGAUAUUUGUGUUUCCUUCAAAGUGUACUCUGUUUUAGACAAAGCCUCUUUCUCCUCAGAGAAGAUGAACAGAACCAUUUGGAUCAGUACAGUUGACAGUCCACUAUGAUUGCUCUUAAGACGGUCAACAAAGGAAAAGAUUCCUUCUAAUGCAAAGUCCCUGGUAUUUGUAGUAAAUUAUAUUGAUCAUCAUGGUAUUAGGAGAGCAACGGCAUAACGGUAGCUAUCACAGAUUAGUUGUUUUCUUUAUUAGUCUUGCAUGCAGAGUUAUGGUUCUCAGUUGAAAUAAUAGAAUCUUAUUAUUUUGUGUAGAAAAAUGAGUGCAUACAAGUAACUUCCUCAAACUGUUACAAUAAUUAUUGUAAAAUGGGCUAACUAAUAUGUACCCUUGUGAUCCAAUUAGUUUCAACCGUAUUGAAAUCGGAGGAGAGGCUUACUAUUAUGCUGAAAUAAAAACAUUUGUUAAGGA